UUUGUUACAUAUUAGUCACCGUCAUUGUUUUUGUUUCCGCCGAGAACURCAGUAAUAAGUUGCACUCCGCCCGCCGACCACCACCGUCGUCGUAAAAUAUCAUAUUUUCGUCAGACCAACAAGCAGUGUACGCGCGCGUAUUAUCAACGAUAUUUUAAUAUUAUCGCGUGUGUAUCGUUAUUCGUUAAAAGUAUUUAAUGAGUACCGCAAAUACGAAGACUCCAACAUGAGGGCUAGCGGAUUUUUAAAGUCAAUGGAACCAAAAAUUAUAAAGGAAGAAGCAAUUGAAAGGGAUUCCGGUAUUCCCGUAGACGAUCCAGCAAUAAAUAAUAACAACAACAAGGAAUCCGCAUUCAGAAUUCACAUUCGUAAAUCAAAAAUCAAAUCCAAAGACACUGGUUUCUCGUCGACGCCCACUAGCGAUUCGUCGGGCGAACACUUACUGAGCCCAACGCACCCGUUACCGGCGCGAAUCGACGUCGAAUCCGAAAGUUCGAGUCCACCAUCCGAAACAUUCAGGAAUCACUCCAAACUCAAGAGGUUUCUUACCACACUAGUGCAAUUCAGUGGACAAAUAUCGCCGCAGACAAGUGAACGAGUUAAGGGUCAGAUAUUCUCCCUAGUGAACAAUUUGAUAAGUGUUGAAGAAUUUCAUCAUAAUAUACAAGAAAUGACCAACUUCCCAUUACGACCAUUCGUACUGCCAUUUUUAAGGACUCACCUACCUUCACUACAACGUGAUCUGCUGUUAAUGGCUCGUAACAACAAACAGGUAAAGCAACUCAUUGCAAAGGAUUCGAUGAACGAGAUACGGCAUCAGGCCAUGAUAGAGUUGCAAAAGCUCGUGUUGGCCGCCGAAAAUAAAAUGAUCGAACUGGUGGCCGCGGAGAGGACGAAAAUGACGACAAACAACUGCAGGAGCUCAGCGUCCGGCUCGGCCAGUCUGCAGAUAUCGCCGUCGUUGAUUUCGCAGUACAACGAUGCCAGCAUGUAUGUAGACUUCUAUUCAUCGUCUUACAUUCUUAUGCAAUGGGUGCACUGGGUUUGA